UCAGGUGUCGACUAGCAGAACGACCUGUUGGCUGCUGUUCGUCUGCUUGAUCGUAAUUCUCGGAACUCUCGAUAAUGCAGAAGGUAAUCGUUUACCACGCUUUCCAACGAUACGCGGAUCUUUUGCCCUGUUUUGCCAUCGCUACAGUCCUCAGAUUUUUAUAUUUCAAUAUAAUUUUAAUUAUCUCUUGCCCAGUUUAGCAAACGAGAAAAGUCAUUCACCAUUUUGUAGUGUUUCAAGAAGACAUUUAAGGUGAAACUUGGUCGAGAAAUAAGAAACGUUUUCGUAUUUUGUUCAGACUUCAGAUUUUUUUUUUAAUUAAAGAACGCAGCAGAGUAACGUAACGUAAAAUACAAGUUUAGAUUAGCACGUCGAUGAUUUACUGAUUUAUUCAAUCGUUUACUAAUGACUUUUUCAUUCGAUUAAUCGGUAUUUAACGUGGCAUAAACGCGAGUCAGUUUUGUGUUACUUAUCGUCACUCGGGUUGAAAUUAUUUUUACAAUCUUUCCCUUUCAAAAGAUAAAGUUACGGAAGCAGAAGACUAUAACAAGCGAAAGGCGUCAAUCUCCAUCUUCGCUUCUUCGUUACAAACAUUAAACGAUUAUGUAAGAAUGGCCCGCAUAUUCCCAGAGCGAUCAGAGUUAUGCAAUCUGGCAUUAAUAUCUCGAAAAACAUUCUCGAACGAGUGUAAUCUUCUUCCUACGACUGCCUAUUUGUGUGAUAUAUAUAUAUAUCGAUCUGUUGUUAAAAAUUUGAAGAGAAACUUUUUGAAGUGAUAAUAAAUUCCCAGAGUGAAUAAUAAUUCGAAACGAAUAAUUGCAGAGUAAAUGUCAACCAAGUAGAAUGCCUUGUUUGCUUACUAUUUUCAUUAAAAGGAACCGAAGUCAAUUCGCAAUGCGUCAGUAUAGAAAGAAUGCGUGAAACACACAGGUACAAGGAAGAGAUUUCGCAGACCGGCAACCUCCGCCCCAUCGAGCGAUCAGGAAGUCUCAGCCAGCGUGAACAGAUUCAAGGUCACGCGAAAUCGUAUCUCUAGCAAGAACAAGAAGAAUGAAAUUCAGACUGGUAAAUCGGAGGACUACAAGCUUGUAUGUUACUACACGAACUGGUCUCAAUACCGAACGAAAAUUGGGAAAUUCCUGCCGGAGGACAUACAGCCGGACUUGUGUACGCACGUCAUAUUCGCGUUCGGUUGGCUGAAGAAGAACAAGUUGACCAGCUUCGAGUCGAACGACGAAACGAAAGAUGGGAAAAUCGGAUUGUACGAACGAGUGGUUAACUUGAAGAAAGCUAAUCCCUCUUUGAAGGUUUUACUUGCGAUCGGUGGUUGGUCGUUUGGCACCCAAAAAUUCAAAGACGUGUCGACGACGAGAUACGCGAGGCAGACCUACAUCUACAGUGCCAUUUCGUACCUGCGAAAUCGAAAUUUCGAUGGCCUGGACAUCGACUGGGAAUAUCCGAAAGGAGGAGACGACAAGAAGAACUACGUGCUUCUGUUGAAAGAGCUUCGAGAAGCGUUCGAAGCUGAAGCUCAGGAGAAGAAGAUACCAAGACUUCUUUUAACAGCUGCUGUGCCGGUUGGUCCUGAUAACGUUAAGAGUGGAUACGAUGUGCCAGCAGUUGCUAGUUAUCUGGACUUCAUUAAUUUGAUGGCGUACGACUUCCACGGGAAAUGGGAACGAGAGACGGGUCACAACGCACCUUUGUACCCCUCGUCGUUAGACUCCGAAUGGCAGAAGCAAUUAAGCGUGGACAACGCGGCGUCCAUGUGGGUUCGUUUGGGCGCCCCUAAGGAGAAACUGAUCAUCGGUAUGCCGACCUACGGGCGAUCGUUCACUCUCUCGAACCUCUCCAAUUUCCGUGUUCACGCACCUGCCAGCGGUGGUGGAAAGGCCGGCGAAUACACCAAGGAAUCCGGCUUUCUUGCCUAUUACGAGAUCUGCGAGAUGCUGCGAAACGGUGCAAUUUACAUCUGGGACGACGAGAUGAAGGUGCCGUACAUGGUUCAGAACGACCAGUGGGUGGGCUUCGACGACGAGAAGUCCAUCCGGAUUAAAAUGGACUGGCUGAAGAGCAAAGGUUACGGCGGGGCCAUGGUGUGGACAAUCGAUAUGGAUGAUUUCAACGGUACGGUUUGCGGUGGAAGUGUCAAGUACCCCUUGGUCGGGGCGAUGAGGGAGGAGUUGUUCGGUAUAUCAAGAGGUUCGAACGCUAAGGACGUCGACUGGACCGCCGUGGCCAGCACCGUCUCCGAGAGUAUUCUGAAGAGACCCGAGCCUUACAAGAUAUUGGUCUCGGACGUAAUCAACAAGGCGAAGAAACUUCAGAAAUCGACAACGCAACUCGUUAUUAAUCCUCCUACCAAUGAAAGGGCAGCUCAAUCGAUGUGCUAUCUGACGAAUUGGUCGCACAGAAGACCCGGAGCUGGGAAAUUCGUGCCAGAGGACAUCGAUCCAACGCUUUGCACGCAUAUAGUCUACGCGUUCGCGACUUUGAAGAAUUUCCUGCUCGCAGAGGAAAGCGAGAAGGACACGGAGAUGUACGAACGAUUGAUCGCUCUGCGCAAUAAGAAUCCCGACAUCAAGAUAUUAUUGGCGAUCGGUGGUUGGGCGUUUGGAUCAACCCCAUUCAAGGAAUUGACCAGCAAUACCUUUCGCAUGAAUCAAUUCGUCUACGAAGCCAUCGAAUUCCUCCGAGAGUACAAAUUCGAUGGUCUAGAUGUCGAUUGGGAAUAUCCACGAGGUGGUGACGAUCGAGCAGCGUACGUGAACCUUUUGAAGGAACUUCGACUGGCAUUCGAGGGUGAGGCAAAUAGUUCUGGACAACCGAAAUUAAUUUUGUCAGCCGCGGUGCCAGCUAGUUUCGAAGCUAUCGCUGCAGGAUACGACGUACCAGAGAUAUCUAAAUAUCUGGACUUCAUUAACGUGAUGACGUACGAUUUCCACGGUCAGUGGGAGAGACAAGUCGGUCACAACAGUCCUCUGUUCCCUUUGGAAAGUGCUACCAGUUAUCAGAAGAAAUUGACAGUGGAUUACAGUGCGAGGGAAUGGGUGAAACAAGGUGCACCAAAGGAGAAGUUAAUGAUCGGUAUGCCAACGUAUGGCAGAUCGUUCACGUUAGUAGACAAAGAGAAAUUUGACAUCGGAGCUCCAGCUUCUGGAGGUGGAAUAGCCGGAAACUUCACCAACGAAUCGGGAUUCCUCUCGUACUACGAGAUUUGCGGCUUCCUGAAUGAAGAUAACACUACGUUAGUAUGGGACAAUGAGCAACAAGUUCCGUUUGCGUACAGAGAGGAUCAGUGGGUUGGAUUCGACGAUGAGAGAAGUCUAAUAAAUAAGAUGCAAUGGCUCAAAGAAGAAGGCUUUGGAGGUAUAAUGAUCUGGUCGGUGGACAUGGAUGACUUCAGAGGAAGUUGCGGGGCUGGCAAGUAUCCACUGAUCAAAGCGAUGAUGAAAGAGCUGAGGGAUUAUAAAGUGAAAUUGGAAUACGACGGUCCUUAUGAGACUGGGAAAAAUGGGAGAUACGCCAUCAAAGAUCCGAACGAAGUAAGCUGUGAUGAAGAAGACAACCAUAUUUCUUACCAUCCUGACAAGAACGAUUGUACUAUGUACUACAUGUGCGAGGGUGAAAGAAAACAUCACAUGCCCUGCCCGGUAAAUCUGGUGUUCAAUCCAAACGAAAAUGUUUGCGAUUGGCCUGAAAAUGUGGACGGAUGUGUACAACACACACAGGCACCGCCGGUGUAAAGAAAAAAAAAAAAAAGAAGAAAAGAGAAAGAGACAAAGAUAAUAAUUAUUUAAGAAUAUUUUUAAUUAAAACAGUUACGUGAUGAUAAUUAA